UGUACCGGUUGAAAUUCAGUUUAGUUUAGUAAUCAUGACGAUUCGUUUGAGGUUUUACUCGUAAAUAGUAGGUAAAGAUGGUGAAGUGUUCAUGAGUACUGCUAAGAUGAAUAAAACUUGUGCUGUGAUUAAAUGUCCACCAGAAUAAUGAAAGAGUUUAUUUCCAAAUAACAUAACACCGAUAAUCAAGUUAUAAAUUGAUAUCAAUUAGAGAUGAUUAGAACUGGAAACACUUUCUUGGUCGAAAUUCUUUUCAAGUGUAAUAAUGAUAAAAGUUUAAGAUUAUGACAUCUUGAUAAUUUUAUUAAUUUAAUUACCUAAUUAACUAUAAACAAUGACUUUUACAACAAAUAAUUAGAGAUUUCGAAACAUUUACUGGUAACUUUUUAAUUUAAAUAGCGUUGUUAAAAACAAUUAGUGAUGUAGACUAAUAGUGUUGAUGUAUUUAGCUCGUGACUUCCUUGACUUCAUUCAUUUUGAAAUAUUCAAAUGAACUGUAUUUGUAUUUAUAACGUUUCAAUUACACCGCAAUUAAGUGUCUAGUUGACAGAAGACUAGGAUUGAUUAAAAGAGUGGAGAAAAAAUACUCAAUUUUACUCAGAAAUGAAACUAUGCAUUUCAUUGCUUUGAUAACUUUCAUAGCAAAAAAAAAGAUAUAUUUUACAUAAAGAUUUGGCUUCAACUUCUACUGUUGAUUUAUCCGUAACUAUGAUUUCAUAAAAAAUUCAUCAAAAUAAAAAUUCUAGUGAUGAAGAUAAAAAAAAUAUCAGCUGUAAAAAAUUAUUAUAAAUAUUUAAAAAUCUAAAAUCAAUAAGGUAAAAACAUCUAGAAUGAAAUUAUUCACAACGUUUAUAUGGAAAGUUGUAUGAAGUAUGUAAUAAUAUGAUAUUUUAUAUGAAUUAUACCGCAACGUAAUAUUAAACUGCGCUUAAUAAAAGAAUACAUCAGAGCACACCUAGUCUAAUCCCCUCUUCCAAGCUAUCAUGAGUGAGGGUCUUUCGUCAUGCAGUCGUUAACUUUGACUGUUAUGUUAUCGAAUCGGCACGUUUAUCCAACUUCAGCUCUGGUUAUCGUCAAGCAUGUGUAUAUGUGUGUAUAUAAGAAUGAACCUGUUGGUGAUGAAAAGUAAGCAAACACAGGCGAUUACUCAGUUAAGAAAGAAUUAGAAAAAGAUAAAUCGUGCACCUUAUGAUAACAUUAUAUAUUCUACCUUAUGUAUAGUUUUGAAAUGAAAGAGACAUCGGUGAGACUCAGUGAAUAGAAAUUGUAUGAAGGCAUUUUUUUCGUGUUUAUUUUUUAUUCUUUUUUAGUUACUGCUCUACUAUUAUGACAAACAUAACAUUGCUGUCUUACAAGUGUUGAGUAAUAGUGUCUCAUAAAUAAUUCAUCCAGUCAUGCAAAAACUGGAGGUAAAAAAUAAAAAUGAAAAUAUCCAAGAUGUUGAAAAUGACAGUGAAAACUCAAAAUUCAAAGAAAAUGCAUUACAUGUGAGUGAUUUAGGUUGUUCAUUGUUAGAUCACGAGAAUUGUCCUAUAUGUGAAAAUAUUUCUGAAGUUGAAGAAGAAAAUGAAACUAAAUCACAGCACUCUGGAGAUGAAGAAUUGAAAAUUCCACUCAUUUCACUGUCUGAUGGUAAAAAAUCUAAGACGUCAGUAUCUCAGAAUUUAGCGGGACGAGAUUAUUUGAGUUUACGUGAGAGAAAGUAUGCUAAAAAAGCUGUGAAUACUUUCAAAAGUCGCCUGGAGCGAAAAGUUGAAAAUGUUGGAAGCAUUCUAGAAGAUAGAGUCGAAAAAAUUUUAGACGAAUGUACAGAAAAGCAUCCUUGGCUUCAUCCAAUUGAAACUUGGAUUUCUGAUCGAUGCAAAGCUCGAGCAGUGACACAAGAAGUUAAAAAACAUUUUAAACGUGGCAGUAUGUCUGAAAGUGAGGGGGAUAACAUCAGUGUUGAUGGAGACAAAAAUAUUCUCAAUAGAAUUGAAGAAUGUUCAGAUAAAUCUGACGAUUCUUUUCAUUCCGCCAAUUCCCACUUUUCUGACUCUAAAUUAAUGCCAACAAUUCUUGCUCCUGAAAUUCAAGUUCACAAUAAACACGAACUAAAACACGUUCGACAUGACUUUUUUGACCGACUUCGUGGGGGAUUUAAAGAGAAGUUGGAUGAUGUUACACGGUAUUUUCAGAGAACGAAUCGUCUAGCAGAUGUGAAUCGACGAUUAAAAUCUCAAAUAUGGAGCUCAGUAGUCACCAUUGUUCUCGUCGAAGCCAAAAACCUUCUUCCUAUGGACAUCGAUGGUCUUUCAGAUCCUUAUGUCAAGUUUAGAUUGGGAACCGAAAAGUACAAAUCCAAAGUUGCCCUCAAGACACUAAACCCAGUUUGGCUUGAACAAUUUGACCUUCAUCUCUACGAGGAUCCAUAUCUAGGUCAAGAACUAGAAGUCACAGUUUGGGACCGUGACAAGAGUCAUAAUGAUGAUCUGAUGGGAAGAACAACAAUCGAUCUGGCGAGCUUAGAACGUGAAACAACACAUAGGAUAUGGAAAGAACUAGAAGAUGGAGCAGGAAGUAUUUUUCUUUUGCUAACAAUCAGUGGAACUACUGCCAGUGAAACGAUAAGUGAUUUAGCAGCGCAUGAAGAGACAUUCCAAGAGCGUGAAAGACUCAAAGCCAAAUAUUCAUUAUGGAAUACACACCAGAGACCUCGAGAUGUUGGACAUCUCAUUGUUAAGGUUUUUAGAGCACAAGGAUUAGCCAGUGCUGACUUAGGAGGCAAGAGUGAUCCUUUUUGUGUUCUAGAAUUGAUAAAUUCAAGACUUCAGACUCAAACAGAAUACAAAACAUUGGCACCCAAUUGGCAGAAAAUUUUUACUUUCAAUGUAAAAGACAUCAACUCAGUAUUGGAAGUAACAGUUUACGACGAAGAUCGUGACCAUAAAGUAGAAUUUUUAGGUAAGGUAGCAAUUCCUUUGUUGAAAAUAAGAAAUGGAGAAAAAAGAUGGUAUGCCCUGAAAGACAAAAAGCUGCGAUGUCGUGCAAAAGGCAACUUUCCUCAGAUUCUUCUGGAAAUGACUGUGAUCUGGAAUGUACUGAGAGCUUGCAUGAGAACAAUAAACCCAAAAGAAAAAAAAUACAUGGAGCCUGAAGUGAAAUUUAAGCGGCAGGUUUUCUUAAAAAAUGUUUUAAGGCUCAAGGCUAUCAUAAUGUAUUUCAUAGAUCUAGGAAAAUAUAUUCAGAGUUGUUGGGAAUGGGAAAGUAAAACCCGGAGUAUUGUUGCGCUUGUAUUGUUUAUUCUUGGUUGUUACUAUUUCGAGCCCUACAUGUUACCCGCAGCAGCAUUACUCAUAAUGCUUAAAUACUGCUUAGUGUCAUUAUUAACGAGUUCGCAGAGCUCUUUAUCCUAUUCAACGUCCUCGAGUUUACAGGAUCCAGAUGUCAGUGUGGAAGAUGGACCCCCUACACCUGGAGAUGAUGAUGACGAUGAUGAAGAUAAAGACAAGGAAGAGAAAAAAAGCUUAAAAGAGAGACUUCAAGCAAUUCAAGAAGUUACCCAGACUGUACAAAAUUCCAUUGGAUAUAUAGCAAGCCUUUGUGAGAGAGUUAAAAACCUUUUCAACUUCACAGUACCAUAUCUUAGCUAUCUUGCGAUGUUUCUCGCAGUUCUGGGUGUUAUCGUUCUCUAUCUAGUUCCUGUGAGGUAUCUAAUUCUCGGCUGGGGUGUUAACAAAUUCCUCAGAAAAAUUCUCAGACCUCAUUCAGUUCCCAAUAACGAAGUUUUAGAUCUUAUUUCUCGUGUGCCUGAUGAUGAAGAUUUACUUAGCUACAGGGAACUGAAACCUAUGCCAACGGCAGACUGUGAAAAAGGAACAGGCUCCAGUCCAAGUAUUAACGCAACGAGUAGAAGAGAACAAAGAAAAAGACAUAAAGCAGCGUAACAGAACAUCCCGCGGCCGGAUGUCGCGGGAGUGCGGUCGUCAAGCAUCUUAAGAUCAGUGUUGACUCGCAAAAAAAAAGUCUUACCAUAUUCGCCGUAAAAUUUUCUUCGACAGAUUGUAUGAAAAAUGAUGAUAAAGACUGAGGAUGAGUUAGAACAAGCGAUUGCUUCCGUAAUGAUAAGUUGACGGAAUCAUUUUCUAGUCAAUAGUCCAGAAGUUAUUAAAAACCUGUGAUGGAACAAGAAGAGAAAUUUAAAAUAUAAAUAAAGAAUACUAACAUAAAUUAAUAAAUUUAUUACUUAAUUGAAAAAAAAAAAAUUAAUAAAACGUUUAA